AUGAGCAAACACUUUACAAAUUUAAACAGUUCAGGUGCAAAUGCUAAUCCGCUUACGAUAGCAACAGGAAGUCAGAUUGCUGUUUCUCAAAUAUCGCCGGUCUCUCCCUACCAAAGUUCUCAUUACUAUAUCCCAAAUUCUUAUGACAAAAUUAGUGAAUGCUUUUUGAAUAGAAAUGAUGGAUUCUCAAAUAAAUCAUCUACCAUUUCCACAGUAAAAGAAGCUCCUUUUUACCAGCCUUGCUAGAUAUCGGUUGAAUCAGAGUACAAUAAAGUUAGCUAAGUUAUUGAUAAUUGUUUUGCAAAUGAUCCUGUUUAGAAAGAAAGCCUGCUAAAUAGCUUAAAAACUCCUAAUUCACUCAAAAACAACAAUUUAUCAAUAACAUAACCAAAAUAAGUUCUUUAAGUAAGCAAAAAAAAUAAUAUUGUUACACCUUUAGACUUAGCUGAAAAAAAUUUAGGGAAUGCAGACUAUGGAAAAUAAUUCUAAACUCCUGUUGGAUAAAACAAAAUAUAGUCUUAAGAAUAAACAAUAGAUUUAUCUACUUUCUAAGAUUCACAGAAGUAUAACAAUGGUUAUAAAGAUAGUAAUCAGUAACUAAAAAGACACUCUACAAGCUCUAAUGCUGAAGAAAUUAAUUAUUCUCAAGCUAUACCAUUUGAUCAUGACUUUGCAGGCAAUUAAAUAUCAAGCAAUAGAAGCACAUAAAAUCAAUAACUAAACCAAGAUAUGUAUGCGCCUUAACAAAAUUCUAACUUAGACUUAUAAUUAUAAUUUGAAUGUAUCAAAUAAAAUUUAGAAAUUCAAAUCUAAAUGUUAGAAAAUAGAUUGCUUGAAGUAGAUUUAGUAAGAUAAAAAUACUUUAAAAUGAUGAUUGAAGAUUUAAAAAGAGAAAAAAAUAGGGAAAUAUUCUUUAUUUAAUCACUUAUCAAACAAAAUAAUUGGGAUCAAUCAAAAAACAUGAAAGGCAUAGAUUCAAUUAAAAGAAAAAUUACUGAUAUAGGUAUUGAGAUGAAUGACCUAAAAGAUUUAAAGAAUGUACACACUAAAUAUAAGCCUUCUAUUUACUAUGACCCUAACCGUGCUUCUAAAAUUUUAAAUUUAAGGAGAAGUAAUUCUGCUUCAUAGCUUCUAUCCUAUGUUAGGAAUAAACCUUUAGAUUUACCAGAGAUCAUUGAAAUUGAAAAUCAGAGCUAAUAAGAGAGAGAAAUUUUACCAGCUAGCAGACUACCUUUUUAUCAGAGUAAGCACUUUACUGAUUUUAAGUAAGCUGAUAAUCCCCAAGAGCAUAAAAAGUAUCAAAAUAAUGAUUUUUACUGCUAACCAAGCAAUUCAAAUAUCACAAAUCAAUAUUUGACUCCAAACAAAUAAAGCUAAGUUGGAUAUUAAACUUAGUAAGCAGAAGACUAAUAGAAUAUUUACUCCUAUUAAACUCCAACAAAUUUAAUAAUUGAAAAUAAUAAUUCAUACUAUCCAUAAGAUUUAAAUGCGAUUUCAAGCAAUAAGUCAUAAAGUUCUACUACUCCAUACAGUAUGUAUGCUGAUAAGUAGAAUGACUAGAAAAAUUGGUAUAAUGAUAAUCAUAAAUAGGAUAAAGAAAUCAAUUUAGAUCAAUAUAAAAAAGUAGUUCCUUCAUACAACCGCCAUUAAAGAAACUAAUCGCUAUACACUUAAAAAUCUCCAUAUUAUGAGAAUAAAAACAAUUAAUUUACAAUCGAAAUGUGUCAUAACAAAAUUAAUGAGUGUUAAGCCUAAAAAACUAAUUCUUAAUAAUAAAUUCCUUCAGUUUAAGUUUAAGAAAUUUUAAAUAAUAAAGAUUCAUAGCUUGAUUAUAAGUUAAAUCCACCCUUCAACUUAGAGGGUAAAUUUACAUAACCUCUUCCAUAAAAUACAUCAAAUGAUAACAAUAAUAAUAAAAUUCAAGCUGAUUUGGAAAGAGAAUAAAGCUAAGACGAAGAAGAUAUGAUAAAAAGAACACCAUAGAAUAAUUUUUCAAACCCAAAUUAUCCACAUGAUGAGAAGUUAGAAGAGAGCCUAAAAAGCAAUAGGCCUUGGGCAAAUAUCAUGAAUAGUCAAAAGAAAAAACUUACUGAAAGUAACCAUAGUUCAAGAUAUUCUGCUUGCAAUGAAGAUUCUUAAAAGGAUUAAGAAUUAGAAAGUAAUUAGUUUAAUUCUAUAGCUAAUAUCUAACAAAAUUAUCAAGAACCAAAAUUUUAUCAUUGUAGAAAGUUUAAUUCUGAUUAGAAAAAUAACAAAAGCGAUAUUAACAGUGUUUUUUUGAGCAAUAAAAAACAAGAUGAUCAUAAAGACUUUACCUAAAACAUGCCAGAGAUAGCUGACCUAGAUGAAAACAAAACAAAUUUCCAAUACUUUUAUUCGCAAAUUCAGCCAGAAUAAAAUGAGUAGAUGUUUUAUCAUUAAAAAUAAAAUCCAGAAUAAUUAGUAAAAGAUUAUUAAAUCCAUAAUAAACACUUUGAAAAUAUUAUUUAGAGUGUAAAAUUAAACUCUCCAGAUGGGUAUCAAUAAGGAUAUUUUCCUUCUGAAAGAGUAGAAACUGCACGCUUUGAAAACUUAAAUGAUAUUUAAUCUAGAAAAGGAUUGCAUUCCUAAACUGAAUUCAACUUCUAAUCUGCUUAGAGUAUUGAUAGACAGCAUGAUAAUAAACAUAAAAGCAACUAAAAUCAAGAGAUAAUCCAAAAUUAGAGUUAUGAAAACUUAUCUAUUAAACAAAAUACUCCUACUUAAAGCAAUAAAGAUUUUGAUAGCUUUGCUCAUGAAAACAGCUUCUAAAAUAUCUAGAAUUAAAAUAAUUCUUUAAAUAACUCUAAGACAUUUAAAGAUGCUAACAUUUAAGCUAUGAAUAAUUCUAGAGAUAAGAGUAAAUGUUAAACAGAUUAAAAUGAACUAUUAUAAGUGUAAGGAGAAAAUAUACUAUUCAAUUAUAAAUGUAAUCCUCAGCCAAUAUAGGACCUAAAUUCUAUGAUAAGCAGUCAAUAGAAAUAAGAUACAUAAAGUUUUUAUAUAUCUGAGUAAGAUCCAUCAAUGCUUUUUAGCACUAAUAAUAACAAUUACUUAGCUUAAUACCAAAUAGACUAGAGUCAUACUUAUGUCAAUUAGGGUGAGUCCUUUUUUUCUGAAAAAGAUUAAAUAAGAGUUUCAUAAAAGAAGUAAUAUUUGUAAAACCAAAGUAGAGGUUAAUAUGACUUUGAAAAUUAAUCUGUUAGAUAAGAAAAUUUACCUAUAAUUGAAGAAUAACUUUAAAAUUCUGAUGAAAGCUAAAGAUCAUCUUAAAUUCAUAACAAUUAAUAACUAUAAUAUUUCUAAGACGAAGCUUAAAAUGUUUAAGAAACCAAAAACAAUAAUUUAUAAAUAGAUAAUAUGUAUUAGUAAAGUAUUAAUCACUAAAUGAACAAAAGUAAUAACCAGAGUUACGAGAAUGGAACUCAAUAAAAAGUUGGUGUACCUAUUAUAGAUAGCAGAUUUGAAUAAAAAAAUAACAGAAUAAUCUUAAAUUAGUACUCAGAUUCUGAUGUAGAAAAUUAAUAUAAAAAUAAUGCUUCUAACCAAAGAGGAAGCUAGAGUAAUUUAGCUGUUUCUAAGUAAAGCGUUCAAAACAUGGAAAAUAUUAACAAGAUUAUUGAGAGACACAUUACGAUUCAAUCAAGCACUGGAUCAGAAAUCAUUAAGAAUGCUCAAUAGCAAAAUCAAAUUGAAAAGAAAUUUUAAGAUAAUAGAUAGCUUUAUCAAGAAAAUCAAAAGAGCUAAAAUGAGUCUUCAGACAAAAUACUUACAAACACUAAGACAAAAGAACAAACUUUGAAUGAAUAAAAUGAAUUUUAAGAUCAUAUUUAAGCCUAGUAUAUUGAAAGCAGAAAUAUAACAUAAUAAACUUAAGAUUAAUUCUUUGUAGGGAAUGUUAAAGCAAGAAGUUUUUUAACUGAUAGAGAGUUUAGAGAAUAUUUAACUGAUAAAAGUGGAACUCAUAGCAAUAAAAAAGGGAAUGAGUAAUCAGAUAAUCUAACAAAUAGCCAGAGAAGUGAGGAGUCAAAAUUCGCAAAAUGCAAAUUAAUUUAUUCUUUUAAUAAUCAAUGCCUCAAACUCACAUUCGACUCAAGUCUUUUGUAUUCUUUAGACGAAGAAUAAACUAUAAUUGAUGAGAUACCUGUUUGUCAAAUUAAUAUUGAUUAGCUUGAUUUCAUAAAUCUACCAUAAAACAAAAUAUAUCUCAAACUGUCCUAUAAGAACUAGCCUUCUUUAAACAACAAGAUUAUUCUUAUGUAAUUCGGUUCAGCAACAGAAAAUUGCGAUUAUUUUACUUAAAAAAAUCACCUUGAAAAUUUGAAAAAUAAGAUAUAGCUUAUUUAUUAGCUUAAGGAUGACCCUGAAGACUUAAAUUCAAAACUAAUAAUAAACUCCUAACCUGUAAUUUAAAAUUAUUCUUAAAAUGCUCUUAGUUCAGAUGUUGAUAUUCAGAACUAAAGAAAUGGAGAAGGAGAACAAGAAGAAUCUAAAUCUGAAAUUAAAUACGAACUCGAUAAAGAGUACAUUCCUUCAAGCAAAAGAUUGACUUAGGGUAAUUACAAUAUAUAACAAUAAUAAUAAUAAAAUGAUAUAUUUAGUUCAGUAAAUAAUUAAGAAAGCUAAUCUAAUAACUAGUAAGACUAUGAGAAAUAAAAACUAAGGACUCCUCAGUUUUAAGAGAUUAAUUGUGAAUCUUAACAAAAUAAAUAUGAUAAUACAUUGCAAUCCCCUAUUCCUUUUAAUUAAAAAGAUCAGAAUUCCUUCGAACAAGAAAAAAAUAUUACUAAAGAGAAUGAAUAGAGGUAAAAGUAAAAAUGUUUAGCUGAAAUCAUGGAGGAAAAUAGUGAGUAAUUUUAACAAAAAAGUGCUAGUUAUUGUCAAAAUCAAAAAGAAAAAUAAGAAGUUCAAAUAUUUUCAGGCUUUUCAAAUCACGAUUCUGUUCUUAAAUAGAAUGUUGUUGACCUUAGUUAAAGAUUUUUCUUGAAUAAUUAAAAGCAGUUUUCAACAAUAAAGAGAGAAAAUGAAGAUGAAGAAGUUGGAGAUGUGUCACAAGAUAUAGAGAAUAAUAUAAGAUAAUUUAACGAAUUAAAUCCAAAUAUUGAAGAUUACUAAGAAGACUAAGCAGAGUUUAGUAUGUCUUAAAUAAAAGAUUAAAAGUUAAAGCAAAAGUUAUUGCAAUAUAAUAAGUACAAAAUGGCUUAAUAUAGCCAAAGAACUGAUGAAGAAGAAAAUCUAUUAAAAAUAUUAAAAAACUUUGAUGAAAAACUAUUUAUAAUGAAAAAAUAUGGCUAAAACUCUACAAAAGGAUAAUUGAGAAGAAUAUUUUUUUCAAGUGAUUUCAGGUUCUUUUGUUGGAAGGGUGAUAAAUCUCCAGAGCUCAAAAGAAGUUUCCCAAUAAACAAAUUUUAGCCAUAUAUCAUUCAUGGUAGAAACACCGAGAAUUUCAAAAGAUUUAAAACAAGUAACUAAAUGGAAAAGGAUCUUUCAUUCUCCCUUGUUUUAGAUGACAGAACAAUAGAUUUACAAGCUAAAACAAUAGAAGAAAAGGAAGAAUUUAUUAAAGGUCUCCAAAUAAUCUUUAACUGCAUUUUAUGA